AUGACUUCUCAAGAAUUUACUGUUUUAUACACUCACCAAAAAACGAAGAAAUCAAAAACAUGGCAAGAUGGAAUUCUAAGGAUUAGAACUGGCAGAAAUCAGGCUGUCUUACUUGAUGAUAAAGGACAGUGUUUGGAGAGUAUUUUUAUAAAAUCUCAGGUGAAUGCUGGAGAUAAUUUAGAGAGUGAACGAUAUUUGAUCGCAAUUGAAGCACCCAGAAAAACAGAAACUCCAGCAGUGGAUGGAAAUGGUGUAAAACCUGGUGUUCUGCCUCCGAGACGUCUGCCUGUUGGCUUGAAAAGGAAGUUUACAGGUUUUCAAGUGCCCCGGCAAGUGGAAAAGAAAACACCAGCAAUGGAAAAUGGGGAAAACACAACGAUAUUGCCAUUUUCUAAGCAAUGUCAGAGUCCUUUUCCAUCCAAGUUUUAUAUUACUUCUCCGUUAUUUUCUACGAUUUGUAAGAAGGAUGCAGAAACAAACCUAUCUGCAGACUUUCGUGAAGAUGCGUGUGUGGAUCACGAUAGAGAACAGCUAUCCCUGUCCUCACUGCUUUCACCUCAGUUUCUUGACAGAUGGGAGGACACAGAGAAGCAAAACUCGGGUAAUGUUUCAUGUCUACCAAGUCCAGUCACCUUGGAAAAAAAUCAUUUUGCAUCCAGGGGUUAUUCAGUGACUGAUGAUCCUAAAGAGAAUUCCUCUGUGAGGUUACAAAGUGAACUUCAGCCUGGACAGAAUUUGCAAGGAGAGCCUGGAGAUCUUGAGCUCUCUGUGGAUGUAACCUUGUCUAAAAUUGGGAUUAUGCAGGAGGAAUUAGGUAUGCAUGGAAAGGACUGUGGUCUGGAUGAAGAGGUGAUGCAGGUUAACUUUAAUCUAGUGGAGGCUUUUGAUUUUAAUGACAUGAGCAAUGAAGACCCAUGUGAAAGGGAUGUGAAUAAGCUCACUGAAGGAGAUGCGCUUUCACAAAUCCCAGGUUGCUUAAAGGGAGAAGAAGUAGUAACUCACAGUAAAAAUGAAGGAAUCAGAUUUUCAGUGAGUGAUCUAGAGGGUGAUAUAAGUCUCCACACCGGUGUUAGAUUUUCUCAGCUUUGUGACAGCAAGGUCAUAAAUACAGAGCAAAUGGCAGAAGAUUGUGCAAACCAGCCUAGAACUGAAGUGGAACCUGUGGUUGACGAAUACAACAUCCAAGAGGUCAGUCUAAGUCAAUUAAGUAUUGAAGCCACAAAUAAGGAUCUUGAUGCCUGUGCGGCGUAUGGCAUUACUGGCAAGCACUCUGAUCUUUUGCCUGGUGACACAAAUAUUGCUGAAUGUCACCCUAAAACUAGCAUGUUUGAGGAAAUGGGAAAUAUUUCUUGUAUUUCUGCCAGCCAAAUAAUUCCCACAAUGGACAAAAAGAUCGAAGAAGAUAUUGGACAGUUUGGAUGCAUGAAAUCCCAAGAAGUUGAUUUAGAACACGCCUGCGGUAGUGAGAGUGGUGACUCUAAACCAAGUAGUCCUUUGCUGGCUUGGUCACAAAAAUGGGACCCCAGCUGUGGAGAAUUGCAACCUAUUGCAGAAGGCCGUCAAAAGGUGUGUAGCACUUCACCUAAGGAAGAUAUUUCCAGAGUUUCCAUCAAUCCUUCGUGUCCGGAGGAAACUGAGUUGGAGAGCGUAGAGAGCGUAAAUGGUUUUCCUGAAGCCUGCCAAGGAGAAAGAAUAGGAAUGGCUUGCCUAAAAUGCAUGGCAGUGGCUGAAAAUUCAUCAAACCUUCCCGAUUUGGUAAAAAAUAUCAGUCUUCUGAGAGCAUUGACUCAACAUAGCACAGCAUUAGAAAGCUUACAAAAGAUGGAGGAAAAUAAUAGCAGUUUAUACGAAGAAGAGACUUUGAAAGAGAUAUUUGAACCCCUGGGGAAAGAUGAAGCGAUAGAACAGUUUACAGAAAUGCCUUACUCAGAAAGUAUACAGGCAUCUUCCUGUUCAUACUUUGAUUCUUCUCGCCUUAUGCCCAACUGUGUGGACAAUGUAUUCCAGAAAGCAGAUGCAUGUAUUGAACCAACAGCAGCGACCCUCAGAGAACCUAGGACACCUGACUGCCAGCCCAAGCCUGUUGCAUUUCAAGGGUACCCAGUAAAGGGAUCAGCGUCUAGUGAGAUCACGUUGAGAGCUCCCUGCUCCCAGCUGGGAUGGCAGCACUACCCAGAAAAUACAGAGUUUGCAGCCCAGGGAUUUUUCUCAUCCCUAUUUUCAAGCGAUUGUGUCCUUUCUGAGUUCAGACAGUCUCCAGAUUCAAGAAAUCUUCCUGAGGAUGAUAUUGACUUUAUCAGAGAUGAAAAUCUUCAGCAGCAGUUGAACCUUGUUAAAGAGUCAAGAGAUCACUCCUCUUCAGGCAGUGAGGAAACUACUGGAGACAUCCAGGAACUCCUCAUACACAGAAUCUUGCCAACUGGACCAGACCUUUCAGAAGUUUGUUACGCACAGGACAGGUCCAGCUAUCCAGAGGAAUGCAGCCUCUCAAGAUUCAAACCUGCGUUGAAAACACGAACUCCGUUUGUCACUCGGCCUGCUGCUGAGAAGAUUCCUGACUCGGUUGAUCCAACUGACAGCGAGAAGUUCCAGCAGUCUUUUGGCUCUUCGCGAGUCCGUUUAGGUGAUGAAACAGUGGUAUUUCCUGUUAGUGCUUUUGGACUGGAGGGAAGAAAUUAUGACACCUCUGUGUUGGGAGAGUACACAGGAGACAGACAAAAGGAAUAUUUACAACCCGUGCUUGCUGAGGUGACUUUGCAACGUAGACAAAGCAAAUGGCUAAAAUAUCAAAACAGUGCUCAGGGUGACUUGAUAACUCGGAACAGCGAAGAUGGGGAAGUGGCCGAUGACAUCUCUGCUGAGACAGACCUUGAAAUGCUGCCAAGCGACACGGGAGAGAGCGAUGCUGGGAGUCCCGGUGCUCCUGGCUCUGCGGCUCUUGGGAGCUGCCGUGCAAAUACGAGCGCCCUAGGUUCCAUUUCGGAGAGGAAGCUCUUUUCUCUGCGCUCGAGUUGGACACCUUUGGCUGAAGCAACACAAAAGGUGUUAAGUCAUCUGAGCUGCCACACUGUGACAGGAGACGGCCAGGGCGUAACAAUUUCGGAGUUGUGUUUUCCGAAUGCGGGUCAAGUGAGACACGUUCAUCUUCCUAAAAGAAAGGUGUCCAUACCAACUGUGUUUCCAUCUCACGUUCACUACAAACAGAUUUUUAAAGCUGCUCUGACAGAGCAAUUAAACAUAAUGCUCUUUGAGGCGUCGCAAAGGUUACACCAUGCUCUUUCCAAAGUGGAUAUCUCAUUUUACACGUUGAAAGACAGGCAACGUGAGAGCGAAGAAAGCUGUGUGCCACUCUGCAAUCACAGUCAUCCUGCUAAGCUUGUUAUGGUGAAGAAAGAAGGGCAAAACAAGGGUCGUUUAUUCUAUACCUGUGAUGCUCCAAAAGCUGAGCGAUGCUCGUUUUUCAAGUGGAUAGAAGAUGUGAACUCAGCACAGAUAAAAUCCAGACAGAGUGUAGUGCUUCAUGAUAUAAAAAGUAUCGGGAUGUACCUCAGAAGUCAAAAGAUUGCUCUCUAUGAGGAAUGCCAGCUUUUGGUGAGGAAAGUCUUUGAAACUCAAACACAGCGGUGUAGCAAGUUCAAGAAAUUCAUGCAUAUGCCUGCAAUGUUUGAUGGUGAUUCCAAAACCAAGUUAUACCUGAAAUUAAGCAAAAAGGAGCAUUAUUCUCUCUAUAGCAAAGAUGAUAUUUGGGUUGUUUCCAAGACUCUGGACUUUGAUCCCCUCGAUACUUUCAUUGCAAGUAGCGCUUUCUUUGGACCGUCGUCCACCAACGAAAUAGAAUUGCUGCCACUGAAAGGCUACAGUCCCUCAAACUGGCGAUCAAAUGUGUGUGUUCAUGCCUUGCUGGUUUGUAAUGCCAGUGGUGAGCUUACGGCUUUAAGAAAUCUGGAGGAGCACUUCAAUCCGUCUACCUUACCGCUGAUACCACACCUCCUAAAAAUGAAUUUUGGUUCUGAAAAUGCUCCUAAAAGAGUCACCAAAAGAAAAUUUCUUCCACCUGCCAUCAGCCUGAAGCGCACGACGACGUACGGACCUCUUAGCACCCAAGUGGCGAUGGGACUAGCGGAAGAGAUGAUCCAAACCUUCUCGCUGAACCCAGACCAAGCUACGGCACUGAUUCGGGUAGCUCAGAUGAUGACUUCGAUUGAAAACAGCGAACCAGCAGAACAUCAGAUCUUCCCUAUCACAAUCAUACGCGGUGUGUUUGGAGCUGGCAAGAGCUACCUGCUCUCUGUUGUGGUCUUGUUCCUCGUACAGCUCUUUGAAAGCAGCGAAGCUACGGAGGGUCCAAGGCCAGCUCCAUGGAAACUUCUCAUCGCUUCUUCCACCAACGUGGCCAUUGACAGGAUACUGCUGGGUCUACUUGACCUUGGCUUUGACAACUUUAUCAGAGUGGGAAGUAUCAGGAAAAUCACCAAAGCAAUUCUUCCCCAUAGUUUACAUGCUGGCUCAGGAAAUGAAAAUGAGCAGUUAAAAGAGCUGCUUGCUCUUAUGAAAGAAGAUUUAACUCCAGCUGAAAAAGUCUACGUGAAGAAGAGCAUUGAGCAACAUAAGCUGGGGACCAACAAAACUAUACUGCAACAGGUGAAAGUGGUUGGAGUGACCUGUGCUGCCUGCCCGUUCCCUUGUCUGAAUACACUGAAAUUUCCUGUGGUGAUGCUGGAUGAGUGCAGUCAAAUAACUGAGCCUGCUUCCCUCCUUCCUAUUGCGAGGUUUCAGUGUGAAAAGCUAGUCCUUGUUGGAGACCCCAAACAAUUACCGCCAACUAUUCAAGGAUCUGAGAGCGUUCACGAAAAGGGGUUGGAGCAGACGCUCUUUGACCGGCUUUGCUUGAUGGGACAUAAAGCAGUGCUACUUCGGACGCAGUACCGAUGUCACCCUGCUAUCAGUGCUGUUGCCAACGAGCUGUUCUAUGAAGGAAAUCUGAUAGAUGGUGUUUCGGAGGAAGACAGAAGUCCUUUAUUGGAUUGGCUUCCAACACUCUGCUUUUAUAGUGUGAAUGGAGUGGAGCAAAUGGAAAGAGACAACAGCUUUUAUAACAUGGCAGAGGUUCAUUUCACAGUCAAGCUCCUCCAGUCUCUGCUUGCCAGUGGAAUAGAAGGAUCUGCAAUUGGUGUCAUUACUCUUUAUAAAUCACAGAUGUGUAAGAUUCAGAAUUUGCUUAGCACGGUGCACUCGGAGGCUUUUGAAGUUAAAGCUGUCCAGGUGUCCACGGUGGAUGCGUUCCAAGGAGCUGAGAAAGAGAUCGUCGUGUUGUCAUGCGUGAGGACAAGACACGUUGGGUUCAUAGACUCAGAAAAGAGAAUGAACGUCGCGCUGACGAGAGCCAAGAGGCAUUUGUUGAUUGUUGGCAACCUGGACUGUUUAAGUAGGAACAGACUGUGGGGAAAAGUAAUUCACCACUGCAAAGGAUGGAAAAAUGGAUUACAGCAUGGAAACCAGUGUGAGCAGCAGCUAAAUGAUAUUCUGAAGUGUUACUUGGAGAAAUGGAAGGAAGAGCAUCGGAAAAAGAAAGAAGAGAAAUAA